ACAAGGAAGCGGACGUACUGAGGGAACAGGAAAGAGAUAACAAAGCCAGCAAGGAUAAGCAGCAAAACAAACUACCUGCGUUACCCGUCAACGGGACAGUUAAACUAUUCGCCUCGUUUUGACAGGUUAAUGUUCAUGCAGGAGGGCAGGCUGCUGUCAUGAACGGCGAAGAGCUUCCUUCCUCCGGGCUGAAGAUGUCGGUGGGACUCGCUAGUUCCGCCUGAGCUCAGCUGCUGCUUCACAGGCUGCUGUCGGACACUCAGCCCGCGACGAUGCAGGGCGUGUCCCAGGACCCCUCACGUGGUGCAGGGGAAGGGGGGGAGAUGGCACACACUCUAUCCAAAGAGACCCCCGGGUCUCCAGAUGCCUCUGAGUUGGGGAGCCCGCGGUGCACUCAGAACUUUGACCUCCUCAACAUGGUUGUGUCCUAUAAGAGGAUGGCUCUGUUUCUAGAACCAGCUGCAGAUGCUGUGGAGGUGACCCGCUUCCUGCUCGGAUGGAAGAUGCCCCUGUGCUCUCUUUUUGUCUGUUUGUUCCUAAAUGUCUUCUUCUGCACUAUUACUGAAGUGGGCUGGAUCACAGUGGGCGUGGUGUCCGUGGCGCUGCCUGCUGCCCUGGGUUACCUGCAGGACAGGUGUGGGGGCAGAGCUUCAGAUUCAGAGCUCCACAAGAUGCGCUAUCACGCCGUGCACCGCAGGGACCUGCAGACGGUGCACCUCACCAAACAGGAGGCCAUGCUGGAAGUCAAAGACCUGCUGAAGCACUUGGACGACAUGCUGUCCUCUGCCUGCCUGUCAGCAGAAACCUUUUACAGAGUCCUGUACUGGGACGAUCACACCACGUCAUCAAGGUUCUAUGGAGCGAUGUUAGUCCUGGCGUGCCUGCUGUACGUGGCUCCUCUGGGCUGGGUGUUCGCUGGGCUGAACAGCGCCACCUUCCUGUGGAACAGAGACUUCUGCAGAGUUUUGUUGGACCUCAGGAAGCUGCUCCACAUGGGCCAGGCCUCAGAGGGGAAGUGUGAAGAACAGGAGCACGGUCACUUGUUGGACCAGACCCCCACACCAACUAGCCUGGAGGACCUGUCUCCUGGCAGUGUGGAGGAAGCGGAGGAGGCAGAGCCUGAUGAUGAGUUUAAGGAUGCCAUUGAGGAACAUUCAGUUCACCUGCAGGAAACCCCUCUGGUCUUAGUGGAGGAUGAUGACGGGCCUCUCGGAACUCCAGAGUAUGACACCAUCUCUGAAAAUGGUCUCUUGAGCCGCAACGAGCCAAUACGCAGCAAGGUGUCCAAACUGACAGAGAAACUGCGCAAACGUUACCCCACCACCUGCACAGGCAACUGUUCUAGCUGCAAUGCUGUCUUCUCUGUGCUGAAGAAAAGGAGGAGCUGCAGUAACUGUGGCAACAGCUUCUGUUCCCGUUGCUGUUCCUUCAAGGUGCUCAGAUCUUGCAUGGGGGCAACAGCUCCAGAGGCCCAGAGAGAGACUGUGUUUGUUUGUGCUGCCUGUAAUUCCUCUCUCAUCAAGUUACAAUGAGAUGUCUCCCAGUGGCCGGCUGGAGGCCAAGCACUGUUCGACCCCCGAGCCCUCCUCCAAUUUACUGAAACCCUAAUGCCUUUAUUUUCAAGUUAAGGCACUCAUAUUUGUCAAGGAGCCCUCUUGCCCUCAGCAGUUCCUCCCCUUCUUAGCUGCUUGUGUUGCUUAUGGGACAUUUUCUGUAAUAUGUUGUAAAAUGUUCACUGUCAAUGGCAAACUGGACCUUUAUGAAUCAAUGAGACUUGCUACAGAGCACAAUGGCUCCAAAAAUCAAAGGACAUUUUCCCUUUGCUGAGCAGAGGGAAGUGCAAAGCAUGCAGAGCGGAGGCCAGAAUUGGGCCAGUGGUGUCGGGUUGAUAGGCUGAUAAUGGUUUUGCUUUGACAUGCUUUGCCUCGCCAUAGAGUUACUUCCACUCGAAUGUUGAUAUCUUCAGCCCUGUGUAGCAGUUUAACUGUACUGUAAUUAUGGGGGAGACUUUUCUCUAUGAACAAGGCUAAGGCUAGCGGGAUGCAUGUGUCAGUGUGAGCAAAGUUUGAAUGUGGUCUGUUCAGAUGAACAAAAUAAUGGACUGUACGACCAAAUGAAGCUCCACAUUUGGUUUUGAUUCUGUGUGCGGCUAGUUUGCCUGUUUGCUGUCCAUCAAUGCACUUUGACCUACAGCUGGUACAACACAGUCAUGUGGUUUUCUCUUAGUUUGUCCCAGGCUUUGAGUGCAAUGUGUAUUUUCCUAUCAGCUAGAAGAGCUUACAAGACAUAAGAGUAAUACAUAUGGCAUGCCAUAAAAUCAAGGCUGGAGGACAUGAAGUAAAUCAUAUAUCAGAGUAUUUUUUACCAAAUCACUUAAUAUCGAUAUUUAGACGAUAUUAUAGGAUUAACCAUCAAUGCUCUCACAAAAUGUUUGAACAAUGAGCAUUUUGAUCAGUAAUCAUCAGUAAUGUUAAUGUAAUGACUAUGUGGGUAAAGGCAAAUAACAAAAAAGUAACUAGUUGGUACAUUCAGAUCAUUUCUGCAAUGCAACCUUUAAAAUGGGAAAAGACAAAGCUCUAUAUGUAUUAAUAUAUUGCCCAGCCCUACAUACAAUAAUGGUAAAUAUAUGAUGGUAAACUGAUAUUGCAUGGCCUGCUGGAAUGAAGCACAUUACUUUGUUGCCAAUGACCAGGUUGUGAUGUUUUAAGUGGGCCAGCUUGGUCUACUUGUAAUGAUCAAAUUGGAGCUUCAUUUUGGUCGUCAUUUUCACUGCAAUGACAUGUCAGAUUUUGGGGGUAUAGCAGCAUCCUUUAAGUCAAUAGCUGCUCGAGGAUCCAUUGACCUUGGGCUUUUCCUCUAACUGGAUCAAAGUCGACCCAACUGGAUUGAAGUUGAAUACACAGACUGAGCAGCCAGCUUAAAUCAUCGUGAGGCCUCACACUCUUGAAAGCAGGACUUGAAAGAAUUGAUGUGGAGGCGCUAUUACCCAAAAAUGUGGAUUGUGGUGAAAACUGUUGUUUUAAUCAUGAUGCAGACACAGAUGAUUGUAAGAGUUUGCUUUUGCUUUUAUUGUAAUCAGAUACAAAUUGUUACUAUACAUUGUUCUACUAUAUCUAAUAUAUAUUUAAUUUAAAGCUCCAGAAAGUGCAAGUUAUUAUUUGACCUAAUGAUUAAGUCUGUAUAUAUUGCCCCUACUUUAUGGAUGAGAUAUGUCAUUAUUAAAAAAUAAACUCUGUGAUGAUUUCAAUAACUUAAA